CGGGCCACCCACCGGGGGUCUUCAGAAGAAAGCAAGCAGCCCAAAGUACAACUUAAACCCACCCUUGUCUCUUCUGACAGUUCAGGGCCUCCAGCUGUUCCUCGCUCUGAAGACUUACUAAAGCAAACCCAUCUGACAGCAGAUGGUGGUAAACCAUUAGAAAGCACGCCAGGCGGUCAAGUUAAAGAAGUUCCUUCCAGACCACUGGAUAAAGUACCCCCCUCUCUACCAGACAGAGAAGCUACUGAAAUAUCAGAGAAAGCCAAGACUCUAGUGUCAUCCAAGAGUGUGCUUUCACUGUCAUCACCCGCGUCCUCCUUGAGUAGACUCCUGAAUGACCCGUCAGACUUACAGAGGCUGGCAAAGGCCCAAAAGCUCAGAGAACUGCUUAGACAGGAGAGGCGCAAAGAAAAGAAUCUCAAGAAACGUACAGCACAUACAAAGGAAUAUACUUUAGACCCUACCAAAAUGACAAUGAGGGAUCUUAUCCGUUAUCUACCAUUGUCUAACCCCAUGACAUCUAGUUUAGAAGACUCGGCUCAGGAGAACACGACUGUGGUCCCCCCUUCACCUGGAAGAGAAGAGUCUCCAGAGAGAGCACGGGAACCCGAAGACCUCCCUACAGCGGUGAGCCCGAGGGAGGAGGCAGAUGAAGAGGAGGAAGAAGCACUCAUGGUUCCUCAGGUCAAAGUAGCAGAGGAUGGCUCACUGAUCAUUGAUGAAGAGAGCUUAACAGUGGAAGUCCAGCGAUCAAAGGGACCAAACCCAAUGCAAGAUCGAGACCCCAUCUUUGAGCGUGGCUCAACUACAACUUACUCCAGCUUCAGGAAAGGGAUCUGUUCAAAACCCUGGUCUAGUGAAGAGACAGACAUGUUCUUCCUGGCAGUUAGUAUGGUGGGGACAGACUUUUCCAUGAUUUGUCAACUGUUUCCUCACAGAUCCCGAGCAGAGAUAAAGCACAAAUUCAAAAAAGAAGAACGAGUGAAUUCCUGGAGGAUUGACAAAGCCUUCAGAGAGAGGCGCAAACUGGACAUAGAGUAUUUUUCUAAGCUGUUGGAGAAAAUUAUGGAAGUUCAGAAAAACAGGAAGAAACUCAGGUCACUCGCCAAGAAGAAACCCUGCAAGGACAAGAGAAAAGCAAAAGGCAGAAAAGCUACAAGGAAGCUGAGUGAUGUGGAGGAGGAAGAUGAGGAUGAUGAGAAUCAAGUUCCUGACUUGGAGGACAAGGAGGAGAAAGAGAAUGAGGACCUCUGUAAUGAUGGGGAAAGCCCUGCUUCUGAGCCUAAGAGACGACGCAAAAGAAAGGCCGGACAGGAUGCCUCAAAUAACGAACCAGAUGAGAAUGAGAACAAAACGGGCGGAAAGAGCAGUGAACAAGCUGAGGCCUGCAUACCUGAAGACACAGAAGCAGCACUUCCUGUGGACGCUACAAACUCAGAAAUGUCUGAAAAGGGUGAGAAUGUGAAUGCAGCCAAGAACACAACAGUCAAGCCAGCUAAACUUUCACGAGCAAGAGCACCAAAACAGCCACUUCCUCCGGCCUCGAAGAGAAGUAAAAAGGCUCCAUCACCCUCCACAAAGGCCACAGAUAAUGGGGAUGACAGUGUGAGUGAUAGAGCCUCUAAAGAGCAGGAAAAUAAAGAUGCAUCCCCUUUAAGGCAAGCCAGUAAGAGAAAGUCAGCCAGUCAGGAUGUUUCCUCUGAGGAAGAGGAUGCCACUGUUCAACCUCCGAGACCAACAAGGUAUGGGCGAGUGCCAAAACCCACCAAGCCCUUGACUUACCCUUCUGGGGAGGAUGCACAUUCCUCUGCAUCUGAAUCCCAUCCUGCCUCAUCAGCGAGGAACAAGAGGAGGAAAUUAUUGAAGCCACAAUCAGCCCAAGAGUCCAGAAAACCCACACUAGUCACCCUCAGGGCUUCUCAGUCAGAUUACAGUGAUGAGGAGAAUGAACAGCAGCAGGAGGAAGAGGAGGAGGAGGAAGAACAGCACCUUCCCUGUAGUCCCAGUAAGGACAGCAUUGCCCCUGUGUUUGUACCUGCUAGCCUGCGCUCCCCACGUCCUGUGGUAUCAGAGGUCAUAGAGACAGUGGAGGAGCUUGUUAUCUUGACCAGUAUGCCUGAUGUACUGGGCAUCUCCCAAGAUGCACUGUGCCCUGAUGCCUCUUGUGAGCAGGCACAAAAUGAGACAGGCACAGCUGAACCAUGUGAACAUCAGUUGGACCUGCUAGUUGACGUUAUAGACUUCCUUUCUUCAGAACAUGCAGAAGUGUCUGACGUGGAAAGCUACAAUGAGGCUGCUCAAACCCUGUUAACCAUCAGCAACCUACCUCACGUCUCUCAGGCAGCACAGAAUCAAAUAUUCAUACAAGAUCACGUCACAGGGACAGCUUCAGUCAGUGUGAACGAAACCAGCCAACAUCUAGAAGCAGAAAGUGCCUCUUCCGUGUCUACAGCCUCGAUUCAUGGAGUCACAGAAACAUCAGAGAAUGAAGCCACUAUGGUGCUACAGCACAGCACCGCAGACAGUGGUGAAAUACCCAUUAUUAAAACCACUGAUCAAGUGUGUAAUGAGCAGAGGACUCAAAUGCAGUCAAGUCCAGAGAGCUCAAAGAAAGAUUCACCACAAACCAGCACAGGACACUUGUCCAUGGUGAAACCUACACCUGACCUUGGCCAACCCUCCAGGACUGCACAGCCAAAAUCCCAACCACAGUCAUCAGAUGUAUGGUCAACUGAAGAGAGCCCCACAGUAGCUCCCAACCUUUCUCAAGUCCCUGAAUCACUAUCAGCUCCUGAAGAAACAACCUCUGAGAUACCAGAAAGCACUCCAGGAUUGUUAAAAAAUGGCAUUUCCUGCAUUGAAGUCAAACUAACAGAAGAGCCAUCCGGCAGUGAGGAGAAGUCUGUUGGUCAGAGAGAAUCAGAUGUUCCAGCAUCGGAUCUGAGUGCCUCAGAAAACCAGAGUCGGCACUUUUUGAACAGAGAGUUUGAUCCCAGUUUGGAAAAUGUCACCAGAGAAGCAGGGUCCACAGAUGAAAAACUCAUGUCUCCUGUUGACAUAAUCAAGAGUGAUUCUAAUAAUCCAGCAGCAUCUGACACAUCUGUCACUGAAGCAGAUUCUGUGUCAGUCCAAGACAAGACCAGUCACCACUCUGCUGCCUUUGUUACACCUGUAGAAAAUGUACCUGUCAGUCAGAAAGCAGAGAGUGAAGUCGCAUCUACUUGCCAGUCAAGGAGGAGUAGAUUCCAAAAAGUCAAACCCAAACUAAACCUGACAUCUAGAACUGCUCGAUCUAAGCCUCCAACAAAAAAAGAGGUUGAACAAGAACAAACUCAUGUCCCAUCUCAUGAAAAACCAAGCCACAGCGCUGGUCCUGUGUCAGGUUUGAUACAAUUAGGCUCUGCUCUUACACCCACAGAGGGAUUGUCUACAAACCAGGAGAAAAGGACAGAUGUUGAAAUUGUUGCUCAGGUAGAUUCAGGUGCAGCAGCAUCAGGUCAGGGUGCCUCAGAAAACCAGAACUUUUAUGAAGCUUCAUUUCAGCCCAAUAGGGAACAGGCUGGCAGAAAAGCAAUGCCAUCAUCUGAGUCGACAGAGCGUAGCUGCCAUAAGCCAGUGACCUCCAGGUCAGCAAUUACAGAAUUACAAAUUGGACAAGGGUCAAAUGUAGACUUAUCCCCAAUCCUAGAAGGCAGCGGCCAUCCAGUGGUAUGUGUUACACCUGUAGAAGAGUUACCUGUCGGCAAGAAAGAAGAGAGUGAAGUCACUGCUGCUUGUCAGUCUGUGGAGAAUCUCUCCAGCUCAAUUUCAAUGCCUGAAUCCACUGACAACCCAAUAGCCAAGACAGAACCACAGCCAGCCUGCCAUACAUUCCAGCCUGAAAAACCAAGUCAGGGUACUGGCACUGCUUCAGUUUCAGUACCAUCAUUUGAAUUAAGCACUACUCAUAAAUCCACAGAGGAACAGAAGACGGAUGUCAGACUAGACUCAAGCUCAGAGAGCUCAGAACCAAAUGUACCUCAAAGAAGGCGACGCUUUCCCAAGAUAAAGCCCAAACCCAAUCUGGGGUCAUCUGCCAGAACAGCACAGUCAAAACUGCAGCCAAAGGAUACCCAUAAACCCUCAGAACACCACCAUGAGGCCACCUCUUCAAAUGUAACCUCACAACAUCAGUCUGAGGACAAUAACAGAGCACAAGCAGAACUGGAGGCGACUGAGAAAGACAGCAGGUGCUUGACAUCAGCCUGUUGUUCAUUAAACACAGAACUGCUCAGUUCAACAAAAUCUUCAGCUGCAGAGUCAGAAAUGUCACUGGACAGCAAAAAUGGAAAGGGAACAUCCUCUGAUGGUAUCGUCAUAGCAACAUCUUGGCUUUCUGAGCAUCAGUCUAUGCUGACAGACUCAGUUCCUGAAAAUAAAAAUAGUGAAAAAUCCACAGUUGGACAUGAAUCCACAAGGGACAAAAUGCCAAGUAAGAACAAUGUGGAGGCUGGAUCUUCUUCACAAGGGUACUGCAAGCUGGACACCAGAGUCACAGGGUCAAACAGCCAAGCAACUGCAGUUUCAAAUGUCCAUUCUUCAGAAGACGGCUCCACUGAGUCACAGAUAAAUUCUGUAUUGACUGCUAACGUCUAUUCCCUUCAAGAUCCAAAAGAAAGUAGCCAUCAGUCUUGUUCAGAGAACCACUCAGAGGUAAAAGGUCAAGAUGCAGCAACCAGUGAACCGAAGCCAGGAUCAAAUGUUAAAUCUCAGUCUGCCCAAAGCACUGAUGAUACAAAGCCAGAGCCAGCUGAUUCUUCCACAUCCUCAAGAAGAACUCCUCAAGUUCGUAGAGGCAGGCUCAUUAAACCUAAGCCCAACCUGGGACACAGCGCUCAACCCCCACGGCCCCAACAAGUCAAAAAGAAAACACAAACAGAAGCAGAUUCUGACACUUGCUCACAGCGUGUGGAGGCUACUGUUUCCCACAAACCUGUGUCUGAACUCAGAGCUGAUAUUCAGGAACCAGUACAGGGAGCUGUUGAGCAACUUGGUAACCAAGGCUCCUCUCUUGGCUGCUUGACACAUGUUACUGAACAUGACUCCCCUUCAAAUCAUGCUGGAUCCUCUCUGGGUUGCAUGACACAAGUACCUUCUACCCAGAAUACAUCAACAUCAAGUCUAGAAAGUUAUCCGAAUCUCACCAUAUUUCCAGAUGUUCUGUCGGAGCAGGUGCCUUCAGAUCCAGAUGAACCGUUUUUCAUCCUCUCCCUGACUGAGAUCCCAGUCUGCUCAUCAGGGGAGGUGCAGGACAGCACAGCAGAGCCACUCCCUUAUCCUUCUGUAACACAUGCACCAGUGCAGCAACAGAGCACUGUCCCUGGAGAGAGUCUGGCAGCAGCAGGACAUCGGUCUCUCUCUGAUGUCUCUGUGCCCACGUCCAUGCAGGAGAGUGAUGAGAUGAGCUGCAUCAGUAUUAAACAUAUUGGGCCAGAGCCAGCUACAUAUAUAGGUUCAACCACAAAGAAUCCAGUGGAUGCAUGUGAGGGUACUACAGUCCAGUCACCCAAGUUUCCAGAGACUAGAGAGAAUACCAAGGCUGAACCCCCUCCUGCAAAGCAGAGAAUAACAGGCACUGGAAGAAGAGCCAAAUUGCAGGUUAAGCCCAAUACUGCAAGGAGGAAACAAUCCGGCAGCACCACCCAGGGUUCAGAGGAUCUUGGCCCUUCUGUACAGCCAGAAACUUGUGGUGCAACAGCAGGCAAAGAGGUCAUCACUGAGCCACAUAAAGGAAGCGUUGAUCAUACAGACAUUGAAAAGGACAUUCUGACAGGUGGGAAGGGCCCUGAGGAUAGCAGCACAGGAGUGCAAAGUCAAACUGCGAAGACAAGAGUGGCCAGCUGUCAAAAGAGCACUGCGUCUUCAAGCGAUCGCCCACCUGGCAAAGCAGUUUCCAAAAGCCCUAAGGUCAAAACUCCACACGCAGGAAAACGAUCUACCACAUCAUCACAUGUCGCGCCGACACCUAAACCACCACAACUGCCACAUAAAACGCACUCGGCAUCCGCUGUGACUCCACCAACAAAAACAGAGGUGGAUAUUGAACUGAUCACUGACCAUAGCCGACCACGCUCAGACGCAACACCUAGCACUUCUCAGUGUACAGUGGAGGUUUCAGCUUCCCAGCAAAGUGACAGCGUGGAGAGCAGCUCUAUAGAGGAGCCCACCAGCGUGUCACAGUACUUCUUAAGUGACAUCUUUACAGAAGUAGAAGAGGGAUAAACGCCAUAGAGAGGCAGAGUGAGAGGGGAAACCUCCAGGUGGUGAAUUGUUAAGUUAGAUCUGUAAAGAUUAAUGUAUAAUGCAGCGUUUUUUCUUUUUGUGGAUAAAGCUAAAGACAUGAAGCUGAAUUUACUAUAAAGACAAACACAGGUAAUUUGAAUACGUAGAGUAGAUUCAGACAUUCAGACAGCCUUUAGUUAUCAUCACCUUUUUGACUGAAGGAGGUGGCAGCUUUUUUCCAAUUAUUCAUUAUGUUAUAAACCUCAAAUUUGUUCAUUUGUUUAUUAACCAUUUGUGAAAAUGUAAAUAAUGUACACUAGCAAACAGGUUUUUGAUUCCCUGCAACCCGCACCGGUUUCAUUUGAACACAGACGCACACUUAAAUGUACUGCAAAGCCAUUCAUGCAUAUAUCUGUGCUAAUAUUUAACAAUCUGCUCUGAUCUUUAAUUUGUUUUUGAAAAAAAUGUUAAAAUUGGCUUUUCAUUUAGAAAACAGUAAGACAGAAUGUAUUAUUAAGAUUUCAUCCACAUUUUCUGCCAGUUCAGCCCAUGCAGCCAUAGUCAGACUUUAAGGAAAAUGACUAACAAGCAUAAUUUAAGACAUUGUGUGCACUGAAUACUGUGUCUGAAACUUGUACCGAUGCAGUAUUGAGGUUAAUGUUUCAUACUUGAAACAAACAUGCUGUACCUUUGUUUCGUGGAAAGCAAAACGUGGACUUCUGUAAGAUAUGAAUAAAAAUAUUCUUCCAUCAC